AUGACGGAACGCGAGUCCAGGCGCCCUUCGCCCGCCCGAGCUGGGUCAGGCCCAAUUUCUGAGAAAGAUGAUACCUCGCGACGCCCAAGCAUCCCAGCCGAGACUAGCGAGGAAGAGAAGUGGCAUGUCGAUGUCCCUGUCGACCCUCAGGGAAACCACCAUCCUUCGAUGAUCCGUGCAGACGGGAAGCGCGAGCUGAGAGAAUGGGAGUGCUGGGAUAAGCUCGCAUACUCAUGGCCCAAGUGGAAGAAGGCCAUGUACCUGGCUUCCAUUGCUGGAAUCCAAAUCUCCAUGAACUUCAACACGUCGGUCUAUCCUAGCGCCGUCAACCCCAUCUCCGAGCACUUUGGAAUUAGCGCACAGGCAGCGCGCGUUGGACAGAUGAUCUACUUAGUCUUCUAUUCCUUUGGCUGCGAGCUGUGGGCGCCAUGGAGUGAGGAGUUUGGUCGAUGGCCAAUUCUGCAGCUUAGCAUGUUUCUUAUCAACAUCUGGGAAAUUCCAUGCUCUGUCGCACCGAACUUCGCCACCAUUAUAGUCUGUAGAGCUCUUGGUGGUCUCUCCACAGCAGGAGGCAGUGUGACUCUAGGUCUUAUCGCGGAUAUGUACGAACCAGAGACGCAGCAUUGGCCGCUGUGCUUCAUCGUCUUGUCAUCUACGAUCGGAACCUCUAUUGGUGGUGUCAUCGGCGGCCCUAUCGAGAAAUACCUUUCCUGGCAAUGGAACUUUUGGAUCCAGUUGAUCUUCGGUGUUGCUGUGCAAGCGGUACACUUCUUCAUGCCUGAGAGCCGAGCUACCAUUCUCAUCGAUCGCGAGGCUAAGAGACGUCGCAAGACCGGCGAAGAUCCCAACAUCUACGGACCGAAUGAACUCAAAUCGCCACGAAUUUCGCUCAAGGAAGCCGGGAAGAUCUGGCUCCGACCGUUUGAGAUGUUCGUUCGGGAACCUAUCGUCUUAUGCCUGUCGCUACUUUCCGGUUUCUCCGACGCUCUGAUCUUCACGUUCCUAGAAGCAUUUAACGUCACAUUCCCGAACAACUUCGGUUUCGGCACACUUCAAGUCGCCUGGGCUUUCAUUCCUAUCAACGCCGCGUACUUCUUCACCUACUUCUUGUACUGGCCCUGGUUCUGGCGCGAUGAUCACCUGCGCAAGAAGAACGGCCCCGACUGGAUGACACCAGAGCGACGAUUGAAGCCGCUUCUUCUGCUUGCGCUGUUCGAGCCUAUCGGGCUGUUCGGAUUUGCCUGGACUUGUAUGGGACCACCACAAACCCAUUGGAUCGCACCGAUGAUCUUCUCCUUCCUCGUCGGACUGGCAAACUUCGCCAUCUAUUACUCCUCCGUCGAUUACAUGAUCGCCGCCUACGGACCAUACUCGGCUUCGGCCACCGGAGGAAACGCGUUCGCUCGUGAUUUCCUCGCCGGUAUCUCCGCCAUGUACGCCACACCCAUGUACAACAACCUUGCAUCGUCGAGCCCCCAGAAGUCCGAGUACGCCACUACCCUACUGGCAUGCCUGUCUUGUUUGGUCGUGGCACCAAUCUACGUCUUCUACUGGAAGGGACCUCAAAUUAGGAAGGCCAGUAAAUUCGCCUCCCUUCUUGCGGAGGACAGAAAAGCGGAAGGCGUCAGGCGACUCAGUAAGGCUGAUAACCUUGAGAACCUUACCGCGUAA